ACCAGUCACUACCUCAAUCAUCCUCUUCUUUACAGAAGCUUUCUGAAUUAUCAUUAUAUUCAGAAACGUAUACAUACACACACAUAUAUAUAUAUCGACUGUUUGUUGUGCUGUUGCUAUAUACCAGUGUGUAUCACUACCACAGUAGUAGUGACUAACUGACUAUACGGCGGUUACAGUGAGAACCAUAACCCUCAGCAAUGGCCUCAACUUCCGAUAAACCGCCACCACUUCUCCGCCGUGAAGCCACUUCCUCCUCCUCCGCCACCGCCGAUGUUGUUCAGGACUGGACCACCGAUCCGUCCGUCGGCGAUCAGAUUCGCCUCCGCGGUACUGCUGCUUCCGUCGAUAACUCUACUCGUCCUGUCGUUGCUCAAACUUCCGCUGCUUCCGCUGCUGCUAAAGGACCUGGGCCGACCAGUAUGGUUAAAGCACAAACUCGCCAUCCACUCGAUCCUCUAGCGGCUGCUGAAAUUUCCAUAGCAGUGGCAACCGUUAGAGCUGCAGGAGCAACACCAGAGGUAAGAGAUAGCAUGCGGUUUAUAGAGGUGGUACUUGUGGAACCAGCAAAAAGUGUGGUUGCAUUAGCGGAUGCAUAUUUUUUUCCACCUUUUCAACCGUCGUUACUACCUAGAACAAAGGGAGGUCCCAUAAUCCCAACUAAACUUCCACCUCGACAAGCUAGACUUAUUGUUUAUAAUAAGAAGUCGAAUGAAACUAGCGUAUGGAUUGUUGAGCUAUCAGAAGUUCAUGCUUUGACUCGUGGUGGUCACCAUAGAGGGAAAGUUAUUUCUUCUAAAGUGGUGCCUGAUGUACAACCUCCAAUGGAUGCAGUAGAAUAUGCAGAAUGCGAAGCCAUUGUAAAGGACUUCCCUCCAUUUAGGGAGGCCAUGAAGAGGAGGGGUAUUGAAGAUAUGGACCUUGUGAUGGUAGAUCCCUGGUGUGUUGGUUACCAUAGUGAAGCUGAUGCUCCUAACCGUAGACUAGCAAAACCGCUUAUUUUCUGUAGAACAGAAAGUGACUGUCCCAUGGAAAACGGUUAUGCCCGCCCAGUUGAGGGAAUUGAUGUUUUAGUCGAUAUGCAAAAUAUGGUGGUGAUAGAAUUCAAAGACAGGAAACUCGUCCCUCUACCGCCAGCCGAUCCAUUGAGAAAUUACACAGCUGGCGAAACAAGAGGCGGUGUAGAUCGAAGUGAUGUGAAACCACUAAACAUUGUUCAACCCGAUGGCCCUAGCUUUCGCGUUAAUGGCCAUUUUGUACAAUGGCAGAAGUGGAAUUUCCGUAUUGGAUUCACUCCUAGGGAGGGUUUGGUCAUUUAUUCUGUCGCAUAUGUUGACGGUAACCGAGGUCGGAGGCCUGUGGCCCACAGAUUAAGCUUUGUAGAAAUGGUGGUCCCUUAUGGUGACCCCAAUGAUCCUCAUUACAGAAAGAACGCAUUUGAUGCAGGGGAAGAUGGACUCGGUAAAAACGCCCAUUCUCUUAAAAAGGGCUGUGAUUGUUUGGGGUACGUCAAGUAUUUUGACGCACACUUAACAAAUUUCACGGGGGGUGUGGAAACAAUUGAAGAUUGUGUUUGUUUACAUGAAGAAGAUGACGGGAUAUUGUGGAAGCAUCAUGAUUGGAGAACCGGUUUAGCUGAAGUAAGACGGUCCAGAAGGCUAGUAGUGUCUUUUAUAUGUACUGUUGCCAACUAUGAAUACGGCUUUUACUGGUAUUUUUAUCAGGAUGGAAAAAUAGAAGCGGAGGUGAAACUAACCGGAAUUCUUAGCUUAGGAGCUUUACAACCUGGUGAAUCUAGAAAAUACGGGACUACAAUUGCACCUGGACUCUAUGCUCCUGUUCAUCAACACUUCUUUGUUGCUAGAAUGGAUAUGUCUGUUGACUGUAAGCCCGGUGAAUCCCACAAUCAGGUGGUUGAGGUGGAUGUUAAAGUUGAAGGACCAGGAGAUGCAAAUGUACACAACAACGCGUUCUACACUGAAGAAAAACUCUUGAAAUCUGAACUCGAAGCAAUACGUGAUUGUAAUCCUUCAUCUGCCCGACAUUGGAUUAUCAGGAAUACAAGAACUGUAAACCGAACCGGUCAAUUGACCGGCUACAAAUUAGUACCUGGAUCAAACUGUUUACCAUUAGGUGGGGCCGAGGCUAAGUUUUUGAGGAGAGCUGCUUUUUUGAUGCACAAUUUGUGGGUCACACAAUAUGAACCCGAAGAAAUGUUUCCUGGUGGAGAGUUCCCUAAUCAGAAUCCACGUGUCGGCGAGGGAUUGGCUACUUGGGUUAAGAAAAAUCGAUCUCUUGAAGAAACGGAUCUGGUUCUUUGGUAUGUAUUUGGAGUGACACAUGUUCCUCGACUGGAAGAUUGGCCUGUUAUGCCUGUAGAACACAUUGGCUUCCGUCUCAUGCCACAUGGAUUCUUCAACUGCUCACCAGCAAUUGAUGUUCCCCCGAGCUCGUCGGCUGACAUGGAAAUGAAGGAAAAUGGAAUGGUAGAUAAAUCGUGCCAUAGUAGUCUCGUUUCAAAGAUAUGAAGAAAAUAUAUGCGACGCCUGUGAUCUGAAAAACUGUUGUGCUUUAGGUCCUUAUGAUGUCUGCACAAUAUUAUUAACUUGUAUUCUUUUACAACAUGAACCAAAAUACUGUGAAAUUGUGGACAGAUUAGGAUGUAACAGAAGUUAUAUCCCAUGUUCUAUCUCAACUCUUAUCAAUUUGCAUUGUAGACUUGUACGGUACAACUUAAUAAUAUACGGUACAAAAUACAAAUC